AAACGCAGUUCUAACGCUGUAUAUAAGUUUCGCCUUCUCUCUCUCUAAAAAAUAUAAUUUUCACACAGACAUGGAAGUGAUCCCAGUUAUUGCGGGUACUCUCGUCAUCAGUUUGUACCUCAGCGAUCUUUCGUCUGGGGCGUCCUGUUUUGGAUCUUUCGCUCCACUCUGUGGACAAGAUGGUAUUACCUACGCAAACGAGUGCUAUGCAAAACAGGCACAUGUGGAGGUAAAGGACAAUGGUCCAUGCCCUGAGAAAAGAUGUCGCUGUAAUCGAAUAAUGAUUGACGUAUGUGGACACAAUGGUAUACAGUAUAACAACCCCUGCCUAGCCAGGUGCCAUUACGUGGAGAGGUACACAUUUGGAAAAUGUGAAGACACGGAAUGAAAGGCAGCUUCUUCAUAAAAUUGCGGAUUAUAAUACCCCUGUGAAUGAACCCCAGCUCCAGUGUUCGGGAAUACGUGUAUUCACUGUACAUUUACUGAUUAAAAGUUUACAAAAUUUCA